ACAUGGUGGGUACCAAUAUAUUCAUCAGGUUUUUCUAGUUUCAAAUAAUACCAGUAUCUUCACUCUAGCUUUAAAACUGAUCCGCUACAACCAAAAAUACACAAUAUUAUCGUGUUAUCUUUUAUGGUCCUAAAAAUAAUGCAUUCAUUCAACAUUGCAGUAUUGUUUUUUAGCUGUAUGUGUAUUUCUGUGUAAGUAAGUAGACCACUUGUUGAUGUAGUUGGCCAAUAAAGCUGUUUCUGAGGACAUACUCAGGUUUUAUUUUGAAGGUCAGCACCGUGCCCCGGAAGCACUUGUCACUGUUUGGUCAAGAUGGCGUCUCGUUGAAGUGGUUUCGUUUCUUCGUUCGUCUCUUUUAAACCUUUAACCGACUCUCAGCGGGAGGAAACUAACCAGAGCUCUUCAUGUCCCGUUUAGAGGUUUUAUCCUGAAUGUUUGACCUCUAAAUCUCCCGCUACAAUCCGACAACAUGUCUAAAGGUGAACUGCUGAGAGCUUUUGUCAACCAGAGACUGACUGCUGCUGCUGAGGAGAUAUUUGGUCUGUUUGAGAGAACCAUCGCAGAGUACGAGGAGGAGAUGAUCCGGCUGCUGCAGAGAGACGGAGCUGUGUUUCCUGCAAACGUCAAGACGUUCACGGUGAUUAAAGAUGUUCCUCCUGAGCAGCAGGAGUGGAGCUCCAGUCUGGACCAGGAGGACCCAGAGCCCCCACACAUUAAAGAGGAACAGGAGGAACUCUGGACCAGUCAGGAGGGAGAGCAGCUUCAACGGCUGGAGGAGACUGAUAUCACCAAGUUCCCAUUCACUGCUGUACCUGUGAAGGGUGAAGAAAGACAAACUGAGAACAGAGAGGCAGAGUAUUUAAAAACAGAAGCUGAUGGAGACUUUGGAGGACCAGAACCAGCCAGGAACUCCGAUCCAGAUAGACUUUUACAACCUGAGACUGGAGACAGUGAUGAUGGCUUAAAGCAGAGGAGGGAAACUCAGUCAGGUUUUAAUGCUCUGAGAAUCAAUGAAGUCUCUGUAUAUAACGCGGCCCAAAAAUCUUUUAGCUGCUCUGAGUGUUGUAAAACAUUUAGCAGCAAGGACCAUCUGCUGACCCACAUGAAAUGUCACAUUUGCCAAUUUUGUGGUAAAAAAUUUACAAAGAGCUCAAAUUUGACGACACACUUAAGAGUUCAUACGGGAGAGAAGCCGUUCUCCUGCUCCGUUUGCAACACGAGCUUUAGUCUGCGUUGCACGUUGGUGAAUCACAUGAGAGUCCAUACCGGGGAGAAACCAUUUCUCUGCUCAGUUUGUAGUAAGAGAUUUUCAAAAAAGGCAAAUUUGACCACGCACAUGGCCCUGCACACGGAGGAGAAGCCAUUUAAAUGCAGCAUGUGUGACAAAAGAUUCACGUGGCAUUCACAGGUCAAAAACCACAAGUGUGUUGUUGUUGUUGACAGCAGCAGGUGAAGGUGGAGAGGUGCUGGUUGAGCUGUUGAGUGGAUCAGUACUCCAGCAGUCACUUCAAAGAUGACUUUUAAUUCGACGCUACUACAGGAAGUGUAAAGUUUUUGCGACCAAGAGCUGGUGCAUGUUGAAAAGGAACUACAUCUGGUUUAAUUCACUAUCCAGUUGAUUGCCAGUUAUUGGAUUAGCUGUGUGUUUUAGAGCUGUUUUGACCUCUUGUUGUUAUUUUUACUUUGUAAAGUAACUGUUGUGUCUAGUGUUGUAUAAAUCAAAUGUACUGUUAUAA